AUGGCUCGCGGACCUAAGAAGCACCAGAAGCGCCUCAGCGCCCCCUCGCACUGGUUGCUGGACAAAAUGUCCGGCACCUAUGCCCCCAAGGCCUCCCCCGGUCCUCACAAGCUCCGGGACUGCCUUCCUCUGAUUGUCUUCAUCCGUAACCGUCUCAAGUACGCCCUGAACGGUCGCGAAGUCAAGGCCAUCAUGAUGCAGCGUCUGGUCAAGGUUGAUGGCAAGGUCCGCACCGACACCACCUACCCCGCUGGUUUCAUGGACGUCAUUUCCCUCGAGAAGACCGGCGAGCACUUCCGUCUCAUCUACGACACCAAGGGUCGCUUCACCGUCCACCGCAUCCAGGCCGAGGAGGCUGAGUACAAGCUGUGCAAGGUCAAGCGCGUCCAGCUUGGCAAGGGCGGGAUCCCAUUCUUGGUUACGCACGAUGCGCGAACUAUCCGCUACCCCGACCCCGCCAUCAAGGUCAACGACACCGUCAAGGUCGACCUUGCCACUGGCAAGAUCACUGACUUCGUCCGCUUCGACAGCGGUGUUGUUGUCAUGGCUACCGGUGGUCGUAACAUGGGUCGUGUCGGUGUUGUCACCCACCGUGAGCGCCACGAUGGUGGUUUCAACAUCGUCCACAUCAAGGACGCCAUUGACAACACCUUCGCCACCCGUGAGGCUAACGUCUUUGUCAUUGGACAGGACAAGCCCUGGGUCUCCUCCCCAAGGGCAAGGCUCUCCAUUGCUGAGGAGCGUGACCGCCGCCGUGCCCACAACCUCGCCAACUAA